UUACAGGCCAAUACAAGCUCCACGCGCCAGCAUAAAUGAAAAAUUUCUGUAGUUUGAAUACCUUCCCUGGGUUUUCCAUGAGGGUAUAAUUUUCUAUUUUGCUAGUAGAGGUAACAGAAGGCUGAAAAUUGCCAGUAUGAUUUCAGAACUGUUCAUCAUCAUUAUCCUUACUGGUCAUAUAAACACAGACUCUGGGACCACACCGAACAUAAAACAAAUUGUGAUUGGACGAUGUUAUGAGUACAUUACCCUGGUAAACCCUAGUUACAGAUAUGAAUGCGAGGAGAUCUGGCACGAGUUUGAGGAGGCAGUGGUCCGGACAACACCAUGCAGUGUGAGAAUGAAGGAUUAUGAGAGAAUGUUUCAUGCUGCUCCUCAGACUCCUCCCUGUGACAAACUGCUGUUCUGGAGCAAGACACAAACGCUGAUGCAGAGAAAUCUAGCUGUCAUAGGAAGCUUAUGGACCUUGGAGGAUACACUGGUGGGAUUCAUGUUCAAGGACCUCAUCUGGUGUGGUCAGCAGGAAAGAGACAGAGGCUUUGAUUUUCUGUCUUGUCCAGAAUGGUCGACAUGUGUGAGCCAUCCUGUGUACUCACUGUGGAAACAAGCAUCACAAAAUUUUGCUGUGGGAGCCUGUGGAAAUAUUACAGUGCUCUUAAAUGGAUCUAUUGAAAAUGCAUUUAACAGGAACAGCAUGUUUGGGAGUGUGGAGCUAGACAAUCUGAACCCCAGGAUGGUGGCCCAUGUCCACAUCAAAGUUGUUCCAAACUUAGAAGGCCCAUUUGUAGAGUCCUGUUCCAAGGGUUCCAUUGUCAGACUCAUACAUAUUCUGCAGACCCGGGGGUUCCACUGGUCCUGCACAGAUCGCGCUCUGAGUCUUCUAUAAUGCCUGAUGAGGUUGGAGAAUACAUGGCAAGGGACCUGAGACCAUUCCUUAAUACAGAAUCUCUCCAGAUCCUUCACAUUUUGAGGUCCACGCUGGUGGACUCUCCUCUUCAGUUCACCCCACAGGUUUUCUAUGAGUUUCAAGUCAGGGAACUGGGAUGGGACUUGCGUUUGUGGCCAGUAAACUAUUUUUGUGUUGAUUUUGAUGUAAGUUUUGGAUCAUAGUCCUGCUGGAAGAUCCAACCACGGCCCAUUUUAAGCUUUCCGGCAGAGGCAGUCAGGUUUUCAUUUAAUAUCUGUUGAUAUUUGAGUCCAGGAUGCCAAGUAUCCUAAGAAAAUGUCCAGGUCCUGUUGGGGUUCAAAAUGGAUAUUUUAAAAGUGAGUGGUUUCAACUUGGUCUUUCAAUUAUAUCAUGUGCAGCAGUAAAAGUCCUUGGUGUGACAUUAUUUAAAUAAUAUUUUUAAGGACUUUUCACAUAAUGAACAAAUGCAAAUCUUGGGAUUGAAUUGAAGAUUUUAUUGUGCUUAUAAAACAAUAUAAUAUAUAAUAAAAAUUCUGGCAAACCUGCAACAAUGCAGGUAUGUGUGCGUGUGCAUGUGCAUGCAAGGUGAUCACAAAAAUUUAAAUGCUGAAAUAAUUGAGACAUAAGGUUUCUAAUUGACACCAAGCUGCACUCCUAUGCUGAAGACUCCAGACAUUUAUCAUUAAACAAUGCUGAGAAGAUGAAAGAGUGUCUUUUUCACACAUUGUAAGUGUCAUUUUAACAUAACACAGCUACAGUUUAACGUGCAGACUUACUUGCAGAGCUUCUCCUUGAUGUCAUGGACAAUUUCUCUCCCGGCUGUGGUAGUGAAGCCGUGGCCUCUCUCGGUCAGGAUUUUUAUGAGGUAGUCAGUCAGGUCACGGCCAGCCAGGUCCAGACUGAGGAUGGCAUGGGGAAGGGCAUAACCUUCGUAGAUGGGCACAGUGUGGAUCACACCAUCACCAGAGUCCAUCACAAUACCAGUGGUACGACCGGAGGCGUACAGGGACAGCACAGCCCGGACGGCAACGUACAUGGCUGGGGUGUUGAAGGUCUUGGACGUGAUCUGGAAUGAGAAAAGGAAGGUUUAAUCCCAAUUUUUUUUCUAUUAGGUUGUCACUAUGGGCCAUGCGGUUAGUUAGAAUAAAGACAAGUCAGAAUUAGAGAGUGAGAAGCAUGAAAUAACCUGCUGGUUCCAACAGAUGAGAAACUCAGGAGUUCAGAGGAGAUGAAGCCUGGAGAAAGUGAAUGAAGUGGAUGAACUUAAGGAGAAGAGUAAUAGGUUUAAAACGGUCAACCGAAAGGCAGAUUCAAGUAGUUUCAAACGUUAACCCAAGCUAGGUCAUCUUUUCUCUGUUGGCUUUGGGGUUCAGGAAAGCGUCAGUAAGCAGGAUGGGGUGCUCCUCAGGGGCAACACGCAGCGAUGCCAGAUCUUCAUGUCAUCCCAGUUGGUGACAAUACCGUGCUCAAUGGGGUACUUCAGGGUCAGGAUACCUCUUUGCUCUGAGCCUCGUCACCAACAUAGCUGUCCUUCUGUCCCAUACCAACCAUCACAGCCUGUAAAAAGCAAGACAAUCAUGUUAAAGGAAAGAUUUGCCGUACCGAAAGAAAAACGAUGCAAAUUAGCAGUGUAAAUAAAUUAUUUUAAAAGCCAAGCUACAACUCUUUUAUGGCACGGGGUUUGGAUGUGCAGGGGGUAAAAAAAAAAGAAUAUAAAGGCAGUUAUUUUGCCCUGUUUCACAAUAGUCAAUCCUUGAGGACACAUUUAACCUGUACCUUAGGGAACAAAAACAGUGUCUUAGGAAGUGCUAAGUGUACCGUAACCGUUUUUUCUCAGAGAGGACUAAUUUAUUCACAUGUUAAUGUACUUAUUUACAUUAACAGUAUUUAAAUACUGUUAAUGUAAAUACAAGAAUUUUUAAAAAAUACUUUUUGCAUUAUUGCUUUGUAAAAACUGCAUUAUUUUACCAUAAAAACCCUUAAAAGAACAGUAAAGUACACUAACCAGUAAAUCACUGUGUUUACUACAGAUGCAUGCUCUCUGAACUGUUUUUUCUCCUUGUGUUUUUUUUUAACAAUAAAUCACAACGAUAUGGUCAACAAGAAUAUGUGUACCUCUAUGAAAAUAAACCAUUUUAGGCUUGUCCUGGUCUCUCCCAUUAAUUACAUGAUCAUUUAGAUUUCAAUGACUCCUUUAGAUUCAGAAAGGACUUUACUUGAAGAGUGUUCAUGAUUAUAGUAAUGAUUUGUGAUAAGUGAUGACUCCAAAGACUUUACAAAUAAAAACUAAUGCAGUGUUAUGGAAUUAUUAUUAAAUUGAUAUAAAAUGCAAUCUGUGACAUGUUUUAAAGUCCAGUCUUUAUUUUAUUGGCUAUAUGCAUCGUAUUGCAUGUAUAUGGCUUUGCAUUAUAUUAAUAAAAUAUGUUAAAAAGCA